AUGGCACCUUACGAGGCAUUGUAUGGCUGUAAGUGUCGCAUUUCCUUAUGUUGGACUGAGUUGGGUAAGCGACGUGUUCUGGGUCCUGAAUUGGUUUCUGAGAUAGAGGAAAAGAAGAAGGUUAUGAGGUUUGGCCGUAAGGGCAAGUUGAGCCCUAGAUUUAUUGGGCUUUACCGAAUUUUGAGACGCGUGGGACCUAUCACUUAUCAGUUGGAGCUACCUCCGGAAUUGGAUUGUAUUCAUGAUGUAUUCCACGUCUCUAUGUUGAGACGCUACCUCUCUGAUCCUACUCAUGUUGUUCCUGUGGAGGAAAUUGAGGUUAGGCCAGACUUGACUUUCGAGGAGGAACCAAUCCAGAUUCUGGACUGUGACGUUAAAGUUUUGCGGAGGAAAUCUAUUCCACUGGUUAAGGUUUUAUGGCAUAAUUAUAGCACUAAGGAGGCUACGUGGGAGCCUAAGGAUGCGAUGCGUCAGCAAUAUCCCCAUCUAUUUUGA